AUCCUUUCCAGCAAUAUAUGAAGGAAAAUCCAGAAAUUGUAAUUUAUAUACAAUUACAAUGGGUAAAGAGAAGAAGAUACAGGUCAGGAGAGUAUUUGGAUAUUUCUGGGGCAUGAGUUUUUUAGUUGUUCAUAUAAUUGGAGCAGACAUUUUGCUGCUGACAUACUCUUGCGUGAAUGUGGGGCUUUCCCUGUGUAUGUGGGCUCCCUGUGCCCUCUUGUCCAUUAUGACCACUCUCUGCUCAGCAGAGAUAGGUAUAACCUUCCCAUGCAGUGGAGCCCACUACUAUUUUCUCAAGAAAGGUUAUGGCAACUUGAUCUCUUUCCUGAAUCUCUGGACAGCCUUGUUUCUGGGGUCAGGGUUGGCUGCCAGUCAAGCUCUGCUCCUUGCUGAGUACAGCAUCCAGCCUUUUUAUCUCAGCUGCUCCGCUCCAAAGCUGCCAAAAAGAUGUCUGGCACUAGCCAUAUUGUGGACUGUGGGCAUUCUGAAUUGUCGUGGUGUGAGAGAGGUGACCUGGCUUCAGAUAGCUAGCACCGUGCUGAAAAUGGCCAUACUUGGCCUCAUUUCACUAAAUGAAGUAGUGCUGCUGGUGAGGGAGUGGAACGAGAAUGUAGAAAUAUUUCAGAACUCUUUUGAUGCCGAGUUUCCAGAAGCCUCCCAGUUUAUAGAAGCCACCUUUCAAGGAUACUUUGCAAAUUCAGGUGGAGGAUGUUUUACCUACAUAGCAGGGGAGCUGAAGGAACACAGAAAGACAAUUCCAAGAUGCAUAUUUAUUGCGUCCCCUCUGGUGUCUAUUGUCUAUUUACUGGUUAACAUUUCAUAUCUGACUCUGACACCCAAGGAAAUUCUCUCUUCAGAUGCUGUGGCUAUCACAUGGACUGAUAGAGUUAUCCCCUCAUUAACAUGGAUUGUUCCUUUUGGUAUUUCUGCCUCUUUAUUUAGCAAACUUCUGAUUAAUGUAUUUGAAUGAUCAAGAAUAACAUAUAUUGCAGGCCAAGAGGGCCAGCUGCCCUUGUUAUUUAAUAUGCUUAAUAUUUACUCCUCUCCAUUUAUGUCUAUUCUACUACUUGCCACUAUGGCGUCCAUUGCGAUUGUCUUGACAAACCUCAUUGACUUGAUAAACUAUAUUUAUUUUGCAGUUUCCAUUUGGACUAUUUUUUCAUUGACAGGAAUACUAAAACUGAGAUACCAGGAGCCCCAUCUACCUAGGCCUUAUAAGGUGUUUUUGCCAUUUCCAUUGGUAGCAAUAGCCAUCAGUCUGUGCUUGAUUUUGAUACCUUUGGUGAAGUCUCAACAUAUGCAUUAUGUAUACAUGUAUCUCUGUGUUUUCAGUGGACUUCUGUUUUACAUACCUUUGAUACAUUUUAAAUUGAGAUUGAUUUGGUUUGAGAAGAUGACUUGCUAUUUACCACUGAUAUUUAAUAUUUGCAUCCCUGAUGUGUCUGAUGAACAGAUGAUAGAAGAAGUAGAAACCAUUAAAAAAAUAGCAUUUUAAAAGCAUGACAAGGUCCAAAUAAAGAUUAAGCACCUGACUGAACAUUA